AUGGAGAUGAAGAGAUUCUAUAGAAAAAGACGUGUAGCUCACAAAGUUACACCAAUAAACCCAGAGCCGGUUGUUAAAAGGAAGUCCUUUGCAAUCAGUGAAAGCAAAAUUCUUGCUAGAAAAAUUGCCCAGGAGGUUUGUGGAUUGAUGCCAUACGAAAAGAAGGCUAUUGACUACAUUAAAAAGGAUGAUCCAAAGAAAGCUAAAAAGUUCUUGAAGGCUAGGCUCGGCUCAAUGUCGAGGGCAGAGAAGAAAUUUGAAACAUUGAUGAGGCAACCUAAAUAA